AGCGCACAACGAAUUGCCCUCUCUCACAGUUCCCAUUGAUUUUCGGUUUUCACUGCCAAAUCCAGAGAAAAUGAGCGGCACCGUUAAGAAAGUGGCCGAUGCUGCCUUCAAAGCAUCCAAGAAUAUCGAUUGGGAUGGCAUGGCCAAGCUUUUGGUCUCCGAUGAGGCUCGUAAGGAGUUCUCUAGCCUUCGCCGAGCCUUCGAGGAGGUUAACUCAGCCCUCCAGACUAAAUUUAGCCAGGAACCGGAGCCCAUAGACUGGGAAUAUUACAGAAAGGGAAUCGGACCCCGCCUGGUCAACAUAUACAAAGAGGCUUAUGACAGCGUCGAGAUCCCCAAGUUUGUAGACACAGUGACUCCGCAGUACAAACCUAAAUUCGAUUCAUUGCUGGUAGAAUUGAAGGAAGCUGAAGAAAAAUCCCUGAAGGAGUCUGAGAGGUUGGAGAAGGAGAUUGUCGAAGUUCAAGAAUUGAAGAAAAAGAUCAGCACCAUGACUGCUAAUGAAUACUUUGAGAAGCAUCCUGAGCUGAGGAAGAAAUUCGAUGAUGAAAUCCGAAAUGAUUACUGGGGCUAUUGACUGGAAAAUUACAGUUGAACCGCCAAAGUUUCAGAAUUUAAUUUCAUAAACCUUCCGGAACUUGUUUUGCUGCAGAUGUUUGGUCAGUAAUAAAACAAACCAGAUAGGUCCUCUGCAAUUUGGUUGCAUUUCCUUAUGGUGACGAAAUUGAUUAGAGAACACAAGUUUUUCCUCGAAAUGAUAUUGUCAGAGUUCCAAUUAACUCUGAGGUACAUUUUUUAAUGAGAUUGUUAUCUUUAUUAUCGUUUUGAAAAUCGAUAA